AUGCCAGUCUAUGAAGAGAAAUUCAUCUCACCGCUGGCUGUGCGUUUCUCCCAAGAACACCUGCGAACGCGCUUUUGCAACGGCCAAGCUUUGGAUGAGGUGACAGGCUUGGUGCAGGAAGUUGCGGGAGUCGGGCCUUACGAUGUGAUUCUGAAGGCACCUUUUCCAAACAUUGAAGUGAUCCGAUGGGCCCCUGGACAGAAGAGAAUCGGAACGGUAGGAAUGGCCAUACAGGCGAUACCUGACGAGAGGUCUCACUGGUUUACAACGGAUAAUCGGAGGCUCUACGUGCUGCAGAAAGUCGCGGCUAGGUUGUGGCCCAAGAAGGCGGGCGUCCAAGUGGAUGUCUUAUUUGCGGCGCCUCCUCGUGAGCUCUUCAAGAAGUACGACUCCUCCACGGCCGGUUUGCUGGCCUCUGUAGGCUCUGUAGGUGCUGGCAUCUGGGAUUGGAUGAAAGCCGUCAGUCCAGCUGAUGGUCAUGUGAACAUGGCGAUGGAGGAGGCUGCCCACAAGCAGGUCCUCUUCGAUGAUGCCUCCGGCUCACUCGAAGAACUCGUGAGCGUCCCCCAGGCCCAGGCCCAGGCCCAGGCCCAGGCCCAGGCCCAGGCCCAGGACACUCCCAAGGCGAGCCCUGUGACCAAGCAGAAAGAGGCUCAGGGAGGCAGAGACAGAGAGGACGACGAUGCCGAUGCCACUGCGACAUCAAGCACGUCCAGUGGCCAGCAUCAGCCCAGCCCUACCCCAGCAUUGAGCCCAAGCACAAAGAGCGAGAAGGACUCGGCUCAUGAGGAGAAUUCGCGAGUCACUUCGGAAGAGUCUGAGGAAUCGGAAGAGGAGGAGUGGUCGGAAGAAUGGCUGAGUCUGGCCGAGCAUUGGCGUGGAGUCUCUAGCUUGCUCGAGGGCAGUUGGAAGGGACCCAAGGGGGAGACCUACACGAUGGAAUUCUGCGAGCCUUCGGACAACGUGGUGUGUGGUCAUUGUGUCCGCUGCCAGGGCUCGAAGGAGAAGACCUUCUCCGUCCGCUACGAAUAUGACAGCUGCCUGCUCUUCUGGGGUACUGGCCGGAAAUUCUGCUUGGAUCCCGAGGAACUCCGAACAGUGCCAACGAACGCCAGAUGGUAUGUUGCAGGGAAAGAGGAGCCCGAAUUCGAAUGGGUUCUUAUCGGUGGAGAACCGCCUCGCGACAGAAGAGAGAGAAAGCGGGUGGGCAAAGACAAGAACCUCACCGUCGACAAGGACCCGUGCCGUGACCAACCUAGGGUGCCCGGUGCCCAGCCGGUGCCCCAGUGGGCCUUGCGGCGUGGCAUGAAGCGCGAUUACGACCAUCUAUUCAAGUUGGUGUUGAUUGGCGACUCUGGCACAGGGAAGUCCUGCUUGCUGUUGCGUUUUGCUGACGACGCAUUUACCGACAGCUACAUCACUACCAUUGGCGUUGACUUCCGCUUCAAAACAAUUCCCGUGGAGCAGAAGACAGUCAAGCUGCAAAUAUGGGACACGGCUGGCCAGGAACGGUUUCGAACCAUCACGAGUGCAUACUAUCGCGGCGCCGAUGGCAUCAUCUUGGUGUACGACAUAUGUGAUCGGGAAUCAUUCUCUCAUGUGGAAGAUUGGCUGAAUGAGGUCAGCAGAUACGUGAACGAAAGUACCUCUAAGAUCUUGCUGGGGAACAAAUGUGACAUGACAGCAGAGAGGCAAGUUUCCACCGAGGAGGCGCAGAAGAAAGCAGAUGAACUUGGCAUACCUUUCAUCGAAACUUCUGCCAAAGACGCCACGCACGUGGAAACAGCUUUCAGCAUGAUGUCAGCAGAGUUGAUCAAGAAGCGCGAGAAGCAAGGUGCCAGACCCGUCGGGGAUGUAGGACUUGGGAGACCGCGUAGUUCCAGUACCUCGUGCACGUGCCCUGGCAAUUAG